AUGGCCCUUCGCCAGCCAAUACAGCGGAUAGCUCAGCUGCAGCGGGCUCAGCGCGACAUCUUCGUCGCCGCGGCCGGACCGAAUCUAUAUACAUUCGAUGCCCAUGAUGGUGCCCAAUUAGACGUUUGGCCUGCUCCAACCGCUGAUCAACACUCCCUGCCUGGAGAAAACCAGCCAUUGACGAAGAACGAGUCCACCCCAGACCGGGCGGGGACGCCGCCGCCGGAGAAGAAACGCAAGCUCUCACCUGCCUCAAGCGCAACCAAGGAUGAUACCAACGCUCAAAAGGCCUCUACUACAUGGACUACCAUACCGCUGCUCCUAUGUACGCCAUCAGGUGAACAUGUCAUCGCAGUUACUGCUGAAGACAAGUGUCUACGGGUGUUUGCAAUAGGCCUUGACGGAACAUUGAAACAGCAAAGCGAACGAGGCAUGCCCAAACGACCCUGCGCACUUGCGCUGGCGCAGAACGACUCCGUGAUUCUCUGCGGUGACAAGUUCGGAGAUGUCUACUCUCUUCCCCUCCUCCUUGAUGAAAACGCAAAACCACCCGCCGCCGCAACAACCCCUACCCCAGCAGAAGAACCCAAAGCAUUCAAGCCCUCCGCCAACCCCCUCACAGUCCACACGAAGAAAAACCUCUACUCUCUACAACAACAACUGCGCUCGCAAGUCGUCAAGCGUGAGAAAGUCGGUCCUUCAUUCGAACUCAAGCUACUGCUUGGUCAUGUGUCCAUGUUGACUGACCUGGCAUCCGUAUCGCUUCCAGCAGAAUCACGGAGCUAUAUUCUAUCCGCGGACCGCGAUGAGCACAUUCGUGUCUCCAGAGGACUGCCGCAAGCGCAUAUAAUUCACGGCUAUUGCCAGGGCCACACAUCCUUCAUUAGCAAACUGUGCAUCCCCUGUUGGUCUCCGGAAUUUCUGAUUUCUGGCGGAGGAGAUUCUUAUAUCAUUGUCUGGAACUGGCGAGAGGGCAGCGUACUGCAGAGAAUACCUUUACAGCUGACAAGCCAGAACAGCCCAGCGACUAUUGCGGUAACCGGUAUUCGGGCAGUAUCCUUCAAGGGUGAUCCAGAUUUAUACCAGCUUGCUAAGGGAGCCAUUUUUGUUUCCAUUGAAGGAUCGCAAGAAAUAAUUUCAUUCAGCGUCAAAUCUGAUAACAUUCUAGAGCCACUUCCAGCGAUUAAUGCAUCAGGAAAUGUUCUCGAUAUUACUAACCUAAAUGAUAAGGGUACUAUCAUAGUAUCGUCAGAUCAUGUCCAUGAACCAGGAUCAACCACCCAGCAAAGAUCCAGAAGUGCAUCACCAGGCACGUCUUUACAGCAGUUUACGGCCACUGUAGAUUCUGGAAGCCUUAGGUUGGAGGAGUCUCACCCUCCCGCUUUAAGAAAAAUAAACGCCUGUUCAUCUUUCAGCUUUGAUCUUCCCGGAGAUGAAAAAGAGAGACAGAAGCAGUUGAAGCACCUGGGGGAGUCACUGUAUUAUACGGGAAACCUCCGCAAAAGCGUGCGGGGUGAGGAAGAAGAAAGAUAG